AUGGGCUUCUGCAGGGCCAAGGCAGGAGGCAGGACCCAGGAGGAAGGACCCAAGAGGCAGGAGGAAGGACCCAAGAGGCAGGACCCAGGAGGAAGGACCCAAGAGGCAGGAGGCAGAACCCAGGAGGCAGGACACAGGAAGCAGGACCUGGGUCCAGACAGAACCAUGAUCCAUGGCCAAGGCAGGAGGCAGGAACCGGGAGGCAGGACCCAGGAGGAAGGACCCAAGAGGCAGGACCCAGGAGGCAGGACCCAGGAGGAAGGACCCAAGAGGCAGGAGGAAGGACCCAAGAGGCAGGACCCAGAAGGAAGGACCCAAGAGGCAGAACCCAGGAGGAAGGACCCAAGAGGCAGGACCCAGGAGGAAGGACCCAAGAGGCAGGACCCAGGAGGAAGGACCCAAGAGGCAGGACCCAGAAGGAAGGACCCAAGAGGCAGAACCCAGGAGGAAGGACCCAAGAGGCAGGACCCAGGAGGAAGGACCCAAGAGGCAGGACCCAGGAGGAAGGACCCAAGAGGCAGGACCCAGGAGGACGGACCCAAGAGGCAGGACCCAGGAGGAAGGACCCAAGAGGCAGGACCUAGGAUGAAGGACCCAAGAGGCAGGACCCAGGAGGAAGGACACAAGAGGCAGGACCCAAGAAGGACGCAAGAGGCAGAACCCAGGAUGAAGGACCCAAGAGGCAGGACCCAGGAGGAAGGACCCAAGAGGCAGGACCCAGGAGGAAGGACCCAAGAGGCAGGACCGGUUCCAAGCAGACACAAUCACGAUCCAUGGACACAUGUGAGACGAGAAAGCACAAAGACUCUGGGAUUGUUGCCAAUAACAUGA